AUGCAUAUUCAACUUUACAUAGAAGAAACGUUUGCUAAUGGAAGAAAGAAGAAAAGAAACAAUGUUUUGAAUCAAAAAAAAGGAAAAGAAGGUCGAAAAAAAGCAAUAAUUGCGCCGCAUCACUCUGUGGAUCCCACUGUACACACCAGUCGGUCUUCCCGUCCACCGCCAUUCCUCCAAUCGCCACUACCCACUCCUAGCGCGGUUCCGAUUAGCAUGACGUCAACAUCACCACACAAAUCUCCUUUUCCGCUGUCGGUACCAGAGAUAAUGGUGCUUCGCAUGAGGAUAGUUGAGGAGCUUAGUUCGGUCUAUUCACUUUUCUAG